AGGGGGGUUCCAGACAAAGACCUAGAAGCUCGCCUUGACGACUUGGAAAAGAAAAUGUUUGCGCUGCAGGCUAACCUCCAAGGGGUGGCAGAUCAGGUGCAAGGGGUGGACGAUCAGGUCCAAGGAAUGCAAGAUCAAGUGCAGGGAGUCCAGGGGAAAGUGCAGGGUUUGGGAAAGCGGCUCAAAGGGUUUGAAAAUCAAAUGUCUGGCCUAGAGAAGCUGCCUUCUGGUACCGACUUGAUGGAUAAAACCAGGAGUGGCUCUGUGGCCGAUCUAUGGCAAGCGAUGCAGUUGCAGAAGAAAGUUGAAGCCAACGAAGAGGGCAUCAACAAGGCCAUGUCUUUGUUGCAGGAUGUAAUAGAUGAGGCUGGCAAAAUGAAGGCAGCCACAGCCAAUUUAGAGGAUGAAGUACAAAAAAUCAAGGAUCACUUAGCAUUGUUGGACCCCCAUGCAUUUGAUGAUCGACUAAAGACUUGCUUAAGCGAUCAGAUGAGUUUGGAUAAUGAAGUGAAAGACUUAGAGAAGAGGCUGAGCCUGUUUCCUUCCCCAGAGGAGAUGAACAAUAUGGUGCGGUGGGACGUUCUAGAGGACGUCCUUGUGAAAGGGAAGAGGAGCCCAUCUCCCGUGACAAGUCCAGUCCAACACUCUCCAACUGAUUCUACCACCUCUCCAGAAAGCAGAGCCACUCCUGGAUCUCCAGGAACUUUGCCUGGCUCUCACAGAAGAGAAGGAACACCAGCUGGUGCACCAGGGGCUCCAAGAAGUGCUCCAGCAGGAGCUCAGCCAGGCCAGCCUGGAGCUCAGCCAGGCCAGCCUGGUGUUGCUGGUGCUCCAGGGGCCCAACCAGGAGCUCCUGGGGCCCAAGCACCCUAUCCCGGGGCACCCGGGGCCUAUCCCGGAGCCCCUGGAGCCCAAGCACCCUACCCUGGGGCACCCGGGGCCUAUCCCGGAGCACCUGGUGCCUAUCCUGGAGCGCCUGGGGCUUAUCCUGGAGGCCUAGCACCCUAUCCUGGGGCACCUGGGGCCUAUCCUGGAGCACCUGGGGCCUAUCCUGGGGCUCCUGGGGCCCAGCCUGGUGCACCUGGAGCCCAAGCACCCUAUCCCGGAGCACCUGGGGCCUAUCCUGGAGCACCUGGGGCUUAUCCUUGGGCACCUGGGGGCUAUCCUGGGGCACCUGGGGCCUAUCCUGGGGCUCCUGGAGCCCAGCCUGGUGCACCUGGAGCCCAAGCACCCUAUCCUGGAGCACCUGGGGCCUAUCCUGGAGUACCUGGAGCCCAGCCUGGGGCUCCUGGAGCCCAGCCUGGAGCACCUGGAGCCCAAGCACCCUAUCCUGGAGCACCUGGGGCUUAUCCUGGGGCUCCUGGAGCAGCCGGGGCAUACCCUGGGGCACCUGGAGGCCAGCCUGGGGCACCUGGAGGCCAAGCAGCCUAUCCUGGGGCACCUGGGGCUCAAGCUGGAGCCCCUGGGGCCCAGCCUGGGGCACCUGAAGGCCAAGCAGCCUAUCCUGGUGCACCUGGGGCUCAACCUGGAGCACCUGGGGCCCAGCCUGGUGCACCUGGAGAUGAAACAGCCUAUCCUGGAGGCCUGGCACCCUAUGCCGGAGCCUAUCCCGGAGCCUAUCCUGGAGUCCUUGGUGCCCAGCCUGGUGUUCCUGGAGUUCAUGAAGCCUUCCCCGGAGGCCCUGUCAUUCCAUGGAUACAAGCUGGAUAUCCUGGACCCCCUCCAUUCUAUCCUGGUUCUCCUGAUGCCCAAGCUGGGUACCUUGGUCAGCCUGGGAUUCUUUGGCCCAGUCCUCUUGGUUACCAGCCUGGUGAGGCAGCUGGUGCGCAGCCUGCAAUGCAGCUUGUAUUGCCCCCUGGGCCUGUCCUUGGAGCUACACCUCCAGCAUCUCCGCUGCUCUCCGUCGCAACCCCCAUGCCACUGUCCGAGUCUGGCUCCACUUUGGCCCCAGCCCGCUACUCUGAGACUGUGGAUGCCCUGCGGUCUCUCGCUCAACUGACGGACUUGUAUUAUGCUCUGCGAGAUCAGAUCAGUCUCCUCGAUCAAUUCAAGUGUGGCUAUGCCGAUCUCCGCAGGCUGCAAGACUUCCUCACAGAUGCACUUUAUCGGAACCUUGCUCUCAUCCCACCUGAUCUUCCUGAAAAGCUUGCUGCACUCCAGGCAAUGGAAGAAGACAUGAAAACUGAGAAAGAGAAGUUAAACAAGAUCCAGAAUGUACUUGAAGGAGAGCUGGCAGAAACAGAUGACAAACUGGAAGGAGCUGGUCAGAUCAACAUGCAGAUAGGUUUUCUGAGAGCAACAGUGCAUGAUAUAGAGAAAGAGCUAAAGGAGCUCAGAAACAAGCAGGAUGCGGGGAAAGCCAAACUGGAGCAGUCAGUGACCGACACUGCCAUCUACCUGCAAGAACAGUUAGACAAGCUUAGAGGUGUCAUAGAGAACAUGAUGGCUUCCUCGUCCACGCUGCUGUCCAUGAGCAUGCCACCUACCCCGGAGCCUGGGGUGGCUCCGGCCCAGAGCACAUGUGCAGCUUGCAGCUUAGAUGUCAGUGAGAAGGUUAGCCAGCUGUUCAAGCGCUAUGAGCAGCUGCAGGACUUGAUUAACAACUUCAUGUUAAGGCAGGCAGAUGGCAAACUAGCCAAGAAACCCAAGCACCGCCAGGAUGAAGAGAUGCUCAGCCAAAUCCAAAGCACCAUCCUGCAAGUUCAGGAUGACUGUGAGAAGCUGAACGCCACCGCAGGCACUCUUGUAGAAGAUCAUCGCCAGAAGCAGAAGGAGAUCAAUAUGUUGUUCAAGUCCCUGGAGAGACUAGAAAGUGUAAAAGCGGACAAAGACAGCCUAGAGAUGGAAAUUGAUGUGAAAGCAGAUAAGGCUGCCCUUGCUGCAAAGGUCAGCCGUAGCCAGUUCGAUGCCACUACGGAGCAACUGCAUAAGAUGAUGCAGGAGUUGUUGAACAAGAUGGCUGGGCAAGAACAAGAUUGGCAGAAGAUGCUUGACAAACUCUUGAUUGAAAUGGACUCCAAGCUGGACCGCUUGGAACUGGACCCCUUCCGACAGCAGCUGGAGGAGCGCUGGAAGGAUAUCCGGAAACAGCUGAAGGAGAGGAUGCCACAAGAAAUAGGAGACGAAGCUGCUGGGAUCAGGAGGAGACUCCUGGCCCACUUCCACUGCAUCUCUUGCGACCGACCUUUGGAAAUGGUGGUUCCUGGCCCACACAUCACAACACUCCCUGCUGUGCCAGGUUUACCUCCUCACCAAUCCCUCCGGCCAUACAUGGUUUAUGAAUUGGAACAAAUCAGGCAGAUGAACCGCAGUCUGAAGCUAGGACCUGGUGUUCGUUUUGAUGCACUGGAGAAGAGUGCGAGUCUCAAUAAGCUGCGCCGCAUCCAUUCCAAGAUGCUCAUGGAUAUACAGAAGGUGCAGAGCCAUUACAGUGGUGGAGCAGCGAAGGUCAACGCUCAGAUGAUCAGGGAGAUGCUGCAGGCCCAGUGUCUUGGCUCAACCCCGUAUGGCAGACGCGACAGGCUUGCUGAUAUGUCAGACUUCAGCUACAUAAGCGUUCCUCGGCACUGCGGAGGCAGCCACACCCUCACUUACCCAUACCGGCGUUAUGGACGGCUGCAGCAGUUUGCACAGUCUAUGGCGCCAGUCCAACCGGAGGAAAACGCCAUGUUGGCGGUGAUGAAGCAUGAAGAGGUAGAUAUACUGGGUCUUGAUGGUCAUAUCUACAAAGGACGGAUGGACACGCAGCUCCCAUCAAUAACUGGAAAGGACGGUAUUUUAAGACCGAGAAACAAGCUCAUUCGGUCGUCGUCACAAAGGCACCAUCCCACGCUCAGUGACAUUGCCAAUCUUCCAAUUCGUCCCCACACUGCCAAAGUGUCUUUGCGCAGCACGUCAGGUAAGUUCCGAACCAGGUCAGGAUCCAGAAAAGAUGAGACCCACUCAGAUAAGAUAGUGAGGUUUCCUCAAUUUAUAUACUCACUCUGGGAUUAAUAUAGGACAGUCCAU